UCCAGCAGGGAUGUUUAAGGCCAACCAGGGUGUGGGGACCUGUGCCCAGUGUCCCACCAACAGUCGCUCCACAUCGGAGGCCUCUCCCAUCUGCACCUGCCGCAAUGGCUACUAUCGUGCUGAUUUUGACCCACCAGAGGCUGCCUGCACCAGUGUCCCAUCAGGGCCCCGCAACGUUAUCUCCAUUGUCAAUGAGACGUCCAUUAUCCUAGAGUGGCACCCACCCCGGGAGACAGGCGGGCGUGAUGACGUGACCUACGACAUCAUCUGUAAGAAGUGCCGGCCUGACCGCCGCAGCUGCUCCCGUUGCGAUGACAACGUGGAGUUUGUACCCAGGCAACUGGGCCUGACAGAGACCCGGGUCUUCAUCAGCAGCCUCUGGGCCCACAUGCCGUACACCUUUGAGAUCCAGGCUGUUAAUGGCGUCUCUGGCAAGAGCCCCUUCCCGCCGCAGCAUGUGUCAGUGAACAUCACCACAAACCAAGCUGCUCCAUCCACAGUUCCCAUCAUGCACCAGGUAAGUGCCACCAUGAGGAGCAUCACGCUGUCGUGGCCUCAGCCAGAGCAGCCCAACGGCAUCAUCCUGGACUACGAGAUCCGUUACUAUGAGAAGGUGAGCCGGAUCUGCCACCCCGAGAUCAGCAGCACUGUGGGCUCACGACCAGCCACCGACCACAAUGAAUACAAUUCGUCUAUGGCCAAGAGUCAGACCAACACGGCCAGGAUUGAGGGGCUGAGGCCAGGCAUGGUGUAUGUGGUGCAGGUGCGAGCCCGGACAGUGGCUGGCUAUGGGAAAUACAGCGGGAAAAUGUGCUUCCAAACACUGACAGAUGAUGACUACAAGUCGGAGCUGAGGGAGCAGUUGCCUUUGAUCGCAGGGUCUGCAGCAGCUGGUGUGGUCUUCAUUGUCUCGCUGGUGGCUAUUUCAAUCGUCUGCAGCAGGAAGCGGGCUUACAGCAAAGAGGCCGUGUACAGUGAUAAAUUACAACACUACAGCACUGGCCGAGGCUCUCCAGGGAUGAAGAUCUACAUUGACCCCUUCACUUAUGAGGACCCCAACGAGGCUGUCCGCGAGUUUGCCAAGGAGAUUGACGUCUCCUUCGUGAAGAUUGAAGAAGUCAUUGGAGCAGGGGAGUUUGGAGAAGUGUAUAAAGGACGUCUGAAACUGCCGAGCAAGAGGGAAAUCUAUGUGGCCAUUAAGACAUUAAAGGCUGGCUACUCUGAGAAGCAGCGUAGGGAUUUCCUGAGUGAGGCCAGCAUCAUGGGACAGUUUGACCACCCAAAUAUCAUUCGGCUGGAAGGAGUGGUGACCAAAAGCCGGCCGGUCAUGAUCAUCACAGAGUUUAUGGAGAAUGGAGCUCUGGACUCCUUUCUGAGGCAAAACGACGGGCAGUUCACAGUCAUCCAACUGGUGGGGAUGCUCAGGGGAAUUGCUGCGGGAAUGAAGUACCUUGCGGAGAUGAACUACGUGCACCGGGACCUUGCUGCCAGAAACAUCCUGGUCAAUAGUAACUUGGUGUGCAAAGUGUCUGACUUUGGCCUCUCACGCUAUCUGCAAGAUGAUACCUCUGACCCAACCUAUACCAGCUCCUUGGGUGGGAAGAUCCCGGUGAGGUGGACAGCCCCCGAAGCCAUUGCCUACCGCAAGUUCACCUCUGCCAGUGAUGUCUGGAGUUACGGCAUUGUCAUGUGGGAAGUGAUGUCCUUUGGAGAGAGGCCGUACUGGGACAUGUCCAACCAAGAUGUAAUCAAUGCAAUUGAGCAAGAUUACCGUCUUCCCCCUCCUAUGGACUGCCCAGCUGCGCUGCACCAGCUCAUGCUAGACUGCUGGCAGAAAGACCGCAACACCCGCCCUCGCUUCACUGAGAUAGUCAACACCCUAGAUAAAAUGAUCCGCAACCCGGCAAGCCUCAAAACUGUGGCUACCAUCACCGCUGUGCCUUCUCAGCCACUGUUAGACCGCUCCAUCCCAGAUUUCACUGCCUUUACCUCAGUAGAAGAUUGGUUAAGCGCCAUUAAAAUGAGCCAGUACAGAGACAACUUCCUGACUGCUGGCUUCACCUCCCUCCAGCUUGUUGCCCAGAUGACCUCAGAAGAUCUCCUGAGAAUAGGGGUGACUUUGGCCGGACACCAGAAGAAGAUUCUGAACAGUGUCCAGUCUAUGAGAGUACAGAUGAGUCAGUCUCCAACCUCGAUGGCAUGACGUCUCUCAUUUUAUGGGGAUGGGAAAGGGAGGGGAAGCAAUGAAGAGUCAGAGGUGGAAUGGGAGGAACAGACUGACAAAGCAGUGAAAAAUGUGGAAGGGUUGAAUUAUCGUCUGAAAACUGUAGCAGCUGCAGACAAAGAACACAUGGGACUCGUUUCUAACCGGCAGCUUCCGUUUCUCACUAACAGAAGCACACUUACCAAUGCCAGGGGAAACAGCAUAUAAAUAAAUAUAAAUAUGUACAAAUCAUAUAUUUAAAAGACAAUGAAGACAAACCAAUGUGUGUUGGGAAAAAAAAUAGACUCCAAUCCUACCACCAGUGAGCAGUAGUCAAAACUGAUAAGAAACAAGGGGCCAGUGGGGUGGGGAGAAGUGCAAGAAUUGAGUUUCCAACCCAGAGAAACCAUCUUCACAACCACAUUCCUUUUCUUUUCUUCUUUUGCUCCCCUCCCUGACCCUCUCUCCCUCACCCCAUUCCCUUUCUACUUAUGAUCUGUGUGGAAGUGUCUUCAAAAGUAUCCACAGCUACCUACUGUAAUAUCAAGAUGUUGUUCUGUCAAGUACCAAAGGACUUCACUGACCACUGCAUGGGGGAUCCAAAUAAAUCCAGUUAAUGUCUUCAUAUUGAAGAAGAGAUGUACCUUCAGUAGAAAACCUUGUUUUUCUUUUGCUUGCACUUUUUUGCAAAAAGCUAAAAAAACAUAAUGGAAAAAGAAAAAGGUGUUCCCAUGUGCGCGCGCGCACAUUUGUAUCUGUACUUUGUCAACUUACUGUGGAUUCACUGCUUCUCCAUAACAGAGAAAACAAACCAACCCAAGUGGAAUGGAUGGUAAAUUCAUAACCUCCAGUGGAACUGCUGGUGUGGGGGAAGGGACCAGUGACUGGCUUUGCUUUCUGUCUGGAUCAAUUGCACCUGGAAUGUUUAAUGAGAAAUAAGAAAAAAAUAAAGCAAACCCAACUCUCAAUGUUUUUGCAAACUUGGAGGAAGAAGCAAAGGAACAGUCAGGUUGGAUACUGCACAGGUUUCAUAUGGGAUUAUUAUGAGAUGGACAGUGUUUGUUAUGGGAUGGUCGACUGCAGAGGCAACAGGAAAAGAAGAUGGAGAGACACACUCUGGAAAAUAGACUUGUUAGUCCUCCAGCAUCUCUGUGAUCUGCAAAAGAUGGCUAUGGAGAAUUUUUUUUCCAUCGUGUGGACCUAAAGAUUUUUCUAUUAAAUUACUGACUUAGGUUUCAUGGCUUCAGAGGGGGAAUACAUCAAUAAUUUAUCUCACAAGGAAAUGGAGACAGGACAGUAAUGCUCACCACUGUACUGCCUGCCUCUGUUUCCUCUGGCAAAGCACCCUGACACCAUGACCGCAGGAUGAAUGCUGACCUCUCCACAGCAAAGUCAGGCUGUCAUGCCAAGGUCUUGCUCUGUUCUGAUGAGCAGAGGUGAUGAGAGCCCUCACCUCAUCAACAUGCACUGUGCCGGCCAGCAAAUGCCCUGUCCUGUACAUAGUCAAUGAGAUGUCUGUACAAGAUUUUGCCCCGUUGUAAUUAUUUCCCCUGAUUCGUUGAUUGUGUUUAAAUUGUCAGAGUUUGUAAUGGUAACUUUCAGAGAAUAUUGUACUAAAGAGAAAAUUGCACUCAAUAAAAAUGAUGAAAUAUGCCGGAUCAC